GCAUAUUUCGGUUAUUUUGUGAGUCUUGUGGAAAGUGCGGUGGAGGGAAAGGGAGGAGCUGCGCUAAAAAGGAAAAGUGUUGAAGUUUCCAGAGGUUGAUGUCAGUGUAACUGGAUUCCUCUAGUCUGGGAUUUUAGGAGAACAACUGGGAACAAGAUGGCUGAGUCCGGACUGGAAAACUGCUUUUCUCCACUCCCAAAAACGCAGGACUGAAGUUCUCAAAACUAUUUCAGAACAAACCACGCACUUCUAAGCUAUUUUUUUAGGUUUUGAGUUCGGAUGCUGUAGCUGUUUUUCUUUUUGUUGUUGUUUUGUUGGUUGUUUCGUAUGAAGAACGCGACGUGUUUCAGUCGGAUUUUGGUACUCAUCUCUAUUGCACAACAUCGGAAAAGGACUUCAAGUUGAUAAAUAACUGAAUGUAAUCAAUUCAAGAACUUUUAUGGAAACCAAACCUGCUACUUUGAGUUUUACACCUCAUGUAAAUUUGGCACACAUUACAUAAGAGCUUACUUACAACCCUGUGCUAAAGAAUGAAAUACAUCAUUGAUAUACAGUUAUAUUGAAUCGCAUAAUGAGCUCCAGUCGUGUCCGGCCUCAAGCACCGCAGACCCAGGCGGCAUCUGCAGCAUCACCUCCGCCUCAUGAAGGCAUUGAAAUGGAAAAAAUGCAUCAUGCAGAAGUGGGCCUGGGGGUGCCCGAUGAAACUCCCUCUCCACCCACCUCCACCUCAAGGCAGGCGUGGAGCCGGGAUAACCCGGGCUUCGAGCCGGAGGAGGGGAUAAUGGAGGCGAACUGGCCCCCGGCGAGCCCGGGCCGGGGGUCUGUGUCCACGGCCUCCAGCAGCGGCAGCGGGAGCUUCACUGGCAUCAGUGCGCGAAUCAACAGAGGACCGUAUCCAACUCCACCAGCACAGGACGAACACCGCAGCUGCUGGAAGAGGAUACUGCAAAAAAUGAGGGUACUGUGGGACACUCGUCUUUUGGGUGAGAGCAACAGUAACAGAGAGAUGUACCUGAAAACCGUCCUCAGAGAGAUGAUCACCUACAUCCUCUUUCUCGUCACCCUCUGCAUAUUAACCUACGGAAUGGUGAGCACCAACAUGUACUACUACACCAAAGUCAUGUCCCAACUCUUCUUGGAUGUGCCAUUAACAAAUGGAGAACCAACAACCUUCAAGACCCUUUCAUCAAUGGAGGACCUCUGGAAAUUUACAGAAGGGCCUUUUCUUAAUGGCAUGUACUGGGAGUUAUGGUACAACAACAAAAUCCUUCCGGAAAACCAAAGCCUGAUCUACUAUGAAAACCUUCUGUUGGGCGUCCCACGUCUCAGACAGCUCAGAGUGCACAAUGAGUCCUGCGCUAUCCACGAGGACUUGCACGAUGAACUUUAUGAAUGCUACAACAUUUACUCUCCUGGAAAUGAAGACAAGGCACCAUUCGGACUUAAAAAUGGGACUGCGUGGGUGUACUCAGGGGAGAGAAGCUUGGGUGAGAGCAGUUAUUGGGGGCAAGUGUCGACCUAUGGAGGUGGGGGUUACUACCAGGAUCUGUCCCGUACUCGAGAGAAGACAGCCAAUCAGCUGCAGGAGUUAAAAAACAACCUCUGGCUAGACCGUGGCACCAGAGCUGUGUUCCUGGACUUCUCCAUCUACAACGGCAAUAUUAACCUGUUUUGUAUUGUCAGAUUGCUAGUGGAGUUUCCAGCCACAGGAGGCGCUUUGACAUCCUGGCAGUUCCAGACUGUACGUCUAAUCCGCUACGUAUCCAGCUGGGACUACUUUGUGGGCUUCUGUGAAGUGGCCUUCUGCCUCUUUGUGCUGUAUUACCUGGUAGAAGAAGUUCUUGAGAUCCGCCUGAAUCGCUUGCGCUAUUUCAAGAGCCUGUGGAACUGCUUAGAUGUGUUCAUUGUAAUGCUCAGUGUCCCAGCCAUCAUCAUGAACAUCUGCAGAACAUCAGCGGUCAGUCACAGACUUCACUUCCUGCUGGAGAACCACAGUACAUACCCAAACUUUGAGCCCCUGGCUCGCCUCCAGGUUCACUUCAACAAUUUGGCUGCUGUCAUCGUCUUCCUCUCAUGGGUCAAGCUUUUUAAGUUUAUUAACUUCAAUAAGACCAUGAAUCAGCUGUCCACCACCAUGUCGCGCUGUGCUAAGGACCUGGUGGGCUUCGCCAUCAUGUUCUUCAUCGUCUUCCUGGCCUACGCUCAGCUGGCAUAUUUAGUGUUUGGAACUCAAGUCGAUGACUUUAGCACUUUUCAGGCCUGCAUUUUCACCCAGUUCCGGAUCAUUCUGGGAGAUUUUGACUUCUCAGAGAUUGAGGAAGCAGACAGAGUGUUGGGACCCAUUUAUUUCACCACCUUUGUGUUCUUCAUCUUCAUGAUUCUAUUGAAUAUGUUCUUGGCCAUCAUCAAUGACACUUACUCUGAGGUGAAAGCUGAUAUGGCCCAGCAGAGGUCAGAGAUGGAGAUAACAGACCUGAUCAAGAAGGGCUAUAACAGGGCAAUGGUAAAACUCAAACUGAAGAAGACCUCGGUCAAUGAUAUUCCAGACAACUUACACCAGGCUGGGGGCAAACUCAGCUUUGAUGAGCUCCGGCAAGACCUCAGAGGAAAGGGCCAUUCGGAUGCUGAAAUUGAAGCCAUCUUUGCUAAGUACGACCUUGAUGGAGAUCAGGAACUGUCCGAGCAUGAACAUCAACAGAUGAGAGAUGACCUGGAGAAAGAGAGAGAGGACUUGGAUCUGGAGCACAGUUCACUGCCCAGACCAGUGAGUGGCCGGAGCUUCUCCCGCAGUCAGGACGACUCCGAGGAGGACGAUGAUGAGGACAGCGGACACAGCUCUCGUCGCCGUGGCAGCAGCUCAGGAGGCGUGUCAUAUGAGGAGUUCCAAGUGCUUGUGCGUAGAGUGGACCGUAUGGAGCAUUCUAUCGGCAGCAUUGUGUCAAAAAUAGAUGCGGUUAUUGUGAAGUUAGAGGCCAUGGAGAGAGCCAAGAUGAAGAGGAGAGAUGUGCUUGGACGAAUCCUGGAUGGAGUCAUGGAGGAUGAGAGGAUGGGCAGAGAUCCAGAGCCGCAUCGGGAGCAGCUGGACAGGCUGGUGAGAGAAGAGCUGGAGCGCUGGGAGUCUGAUGACACAAUAUCACAGGUCAGCCACAAUCAGGCCACACCAAUCGCAAUAGCCGCUCAGCUCCGCCCACGCAGUUCCCGCUCACCCUCAUCGCUGUCCAAUGAAGUCCCGGAUGGUGCGGCCAAUGGGGCUGCCCAUAUGUGAGGGGUUUCAGUUGUAUAUAAGUGUUCCGCAAUUUGUUCUCAAGGGUCAUAUCUAGUGCAGUGCAUUCGGCAAAUCUAUGAAGUAAAAUUUCUGAAUGUUGGUUUCAAAAUUUCAGGGUUGACCAUUGUUCCACAGGGCCACAGCUGUAGAAUUAAAUAGUCCUACACAAAAGCUAUUUAUUUGUUUCUUUAUAUUAAAGUUAAUUGGGGCUUUUGUCUGUAGCCAACCUAUGCUUUAUAAUGAAAAUAUGAAGAUAAAUCGAAGUGUUUGUAAAUAAGCAACAAGGACUUUCUAAAACAUCAGAUUUUUGUCACAUUUUCUUCAUUACUUUUUUAAAAUAAUUUGAUUGGAUAUUCUAAUGAAGCUAAUUUGUUUUUAUGAUCAGUCAGUGGAUUCUCAAUUUUAGUUUAUACCACAUAUUAAUUUGUUAAUAAUUAAAUGCAUUUUCAUUUGAGGUAUACUUUACAUAUUGUACUGUGGUAAUAAAAAGUAUGUGAUCCCUUUGGAAUUAGCUGGUUUUCUGCAUUAAUUGGUCAUAAAAUAUGAUCUCAUCUACAUCAAAUUGUACAGUUAUAAUCUUUCAUGUCUUUAUUGAACACAUCCUAUUAAACAUCCACAGUUCUGUGGAAAGAAAAGUAUGUGAACCCUUGGAUUUACUAACUGGCAGACCCUCCUCUGGCAGCAAUAACCUCAACCAAGUGUUUCUGGUAGAUGCGGAUUAGACCUGCACAACGUUCAGAGGGAAUGUUUGACCAUUCUUACAGAACUGCUUCAGCUCAGCCAUAUUCUUAGGAUGUCUGGUGUGACCAGCUCUCUUGAGGUCAUUCCACUGUAUCUCUAUUGGGUUAAGAUCUGAGCUCUGACUGGACCACUCCAAAAGGUGGAUUUUCCUUUUUUGAAGCCAUUCUGUAGUUGAUUUACUUCGAUGUUUAGGGUCAUUGUCCUGCUGCAUCACCCAACGUCUACUGAGCUUCAGCUGGCGCUCAGCCACUCUGACAUUAUCCUGUCGGAUAUCUUGAUAAACUUGGGAAUUCAUUUUUCCCUCAAUGAUGGCAAGCGGUCUAGGCCCCAAAUCAUGAUGCUCCCUCCACCGUACUUCACCAUUUUGAUUAUGUUUUCAUGUUGGUAUUUGGUGCCUUUUUUACACCAUACGUAGUGCUGAAUGUUCUUCCUAAACAAUUCAAUCUUUAGUUUCAUCAGUCCACAAACCACUUUCCCAGUAGCGUUGAGGAGUGUCAAAGUGGUCUUUGGCAAACUUGUUUUGGAAAGCAGCAGCUUCCUUCGUGGCAUCUUACCAUGGACACCAUGCCUGUUUAAUGUUUUCCGUAUAGUAGACUCAUGAACCAGUUCAAAUGAUACCAUCUAGUCUUUAUCUGUCACUCUAGGGUUCUUUUUUUACUUCAUUCAGGAUUCCGUGUUGUUCCCUUUGAGUAAUCUUGGCUGGACGGCCACUUCUAGAGAGAGUAGCUACAGUACUAAAUCAAUAUAGACAGUUUGUCUAACUGUGGACAGAUGAAUAUCUAAGCUCUUCGAGAUAAUUUUGUAACCCUUUCCAGCUUUAUGCAAAGCAACAAUUCAUGAUCUCUUCUGAGAUACCUCUUUUGUGAGGCAUGAUCCACAUCAGCUGAUGCUUCUUGUGAAUAGCAAACUCAAAAAGUUUGAGUGCUUUUUACAAGUCAAAGUAUCUCUAACCCACACCUCCAAACUCGUUUCAUUAACUGGAUGCCAGGUUUGCCAACUCAUAACUCUAGUUAGCUUUUGUUGACUUCAUUAGACUAGGGGUUUGCAUACUUUUUCCAACCUACGCUGUGAAUGUUUGAAUGAUGUAUUCAAUAUGUACAAAGAACAACUCAACCAUUUUGUGUAUUAUUAACAGAUUGUGUUUGCUCGUUAUUGUAACUUAGAUGAAGAUCAAACCAGAUUUUGAGACAAAUGUAUUCAUGAAUGCCGGUAAUUCCAAUUCCAUACUUUUACUUGCCACUUUAUAUAACUAAUUCAUUUAGAUGCUCAAGUAAAUGUAUCUUGUUUGAAGAAUGUUUAUUUUUACAGGAAAACAAGACAAAAAUCCUCAGAAGGAAAAUGCUUUUUGCAGUGCACUGGCUAUGGUCAUUUUAUUCUUUUAUUUCUUUAUUUUUGCUUAAAAAAACAUCUAUGCUGUUUUAUGUGUAAACAUGCGCUAUAUGGAUGAGUUGCACCAUAUCUCACUGUUUUUCAAUGUCUUUGAGUGUCAAGUUUUUAGAUGCCCCGUCACGCUUUGUUUCAAUGCAUCUUGCUUAUUUUAAUGCAAGAUCAUUUUCGGUCUGAACGGCCCCUUAAACGACAUAUCCAUUAUAUUAGAUUAUCAGCAUAAUCUUUAACUAUUCUUUGCUUCUACUCUAUUUCAUCUUUGAAACGGUCAAGUUGGUAAAAAGUAAUCCUUUAUAUCACAGUUUUGUUCUGUAUCUUGCUAUGAUCGAGUGCACUGCUUAGAACGUAAAGCGUUAGAAAUAUAUAUAGAGUUAGAUAUUGGAUCCAAGCACUAACUAACCGACUGUAUUUCUCCAGUUUUUUCAUCAGUUAUGAAGAAAGCCAUUUGACAUUUAGAAUUAUGAAUGUAAUGAUUAAUGAGAUUGCGAAGAUGUUAUAUGGUCAUAUUCAGUAAGGACCAAUUCUUUUCAAUACGUGGUCAAGCAGAAGAAAUGCAUGCACAAUCCUGCAUAGCUAUUCAUAAACAUAACACAUACCUUAUUAAGCAUUGCAAAGGAUGAAUGUGGUCACACAUAGUUGUAUCUAUACAGUAUAAACUUGGAUUACACACAUCUUUUUACUAUAUAUUUUCUAGAAGAGCUUUAGUGCAAUUUUCACUGAAAUAUGAAAUAUGGUUUGCUGUGCAUAUUUUGUUUUUUUUGUUUGUUUACUUUUUAAUUUAAUACAUUUUAAGUGUUGCAUGUGCUGUUAUAUGUGUCUAUAAUAUGCAUCAAUUCUAAACUUUAAUAAUUAUGGGUCUCAAAUCAUUUUGAUACUUAUAACAACUUGAAACAAACUUCGAUUCGGAGUGCAUCUGAUUUCAUGGGAAACCCAUGUGUGUUUUUCUCAAGGCAGGAUUUACAAAGCUAUUCGCUGGUGCCUAAAGGUGAAGUGUAAUGUCUGCCAUUGUUUGGUCAAACAGAUAGUCCUGUCCCAAACAAACACAUUUUCGUUUGGUGCCAGUAGUGGUGCAGAAAUGACCCAGGUCACCUUUAAGCAAAAUAAAAAGUCCAUGGUAUCUUUUCUAUAUUUUUGCCUUUUUGCAAUUUAAGUAAAUAGCUUUGUAACUCUUGCCUAUUAUGUACUAUGCUUUAUGGUGCUUUAUAAUAAUAUCACAUUCAUUUGAAAUAAAAUCCAC